AUGACCACCUUCUUCCCCUACGGCGGCUACCACCACAAACGCGGCUCACCGCCCUCAUCUUACCACACUGCGCGUUCAUCGCCUUCAGACACCUCAGACACCUCGGACAGCACCCUUGAGCCACCCAUGGAGGACAACGAAGCCAAAAGCGAGGAGCGUAUCGACGAGGAGGAGGAGGAGGACCCCCAGCGUACGGUUCGCGCUAGCGCCAGCAGUGCAUCGCUCCAAACUGCCUGGAAGGGCGUCCCGCGUCAACGUUCACGCGUCUCACUGGCAGCCUGCGACGUUGCGUCACCACGUCUCCGCGAAGACUCGUUCCUACGUGACCCCAUCCUCCUGGCCCCCGCAACCGAAGACGACAGCGAUAGCAGCAGUGACAGCGAGCGGGAGGGAGGUGCGACCCCGCCCUUGCAGCGGUCCCCGGAGCACGAAGCCGGCGUGGUUCCUUCCCCGUCGCCACUCAACGAAGUGGCCAUCUCGUUUCCACCGCACGAGGAAGCCGAUCCGACCCCUCACACCAGCUCAUCGCCGGCCCAUCCGUCUACCCCUUUCCCAGCCCACACACCCCUCCCGCCCACGUCGACGCCUGCGGCCGCGCCCUCGCCCUCGCAGUCGCAGUCGCAGUCGCUGUCCCAGCCGCCCUCGCCGGCGGCCGCACUUGCAGCUCUCGGAGCGCUUCUCCCAGCCGACCGCAUCGCCGACGUGCCCACCAUCCCUGGCGGUGACGUCUCCUCGCUCCUGCUCAAGGCCUUGUCCGCGCACCUAGUGUUCGUGGCCGAAACAGAAAAGACGCGUGCGGUGGCCGCAGCGUCGCAGGGCGCAGCCGAGGCGGUUGCCGAGCUCGCACUGGCCAAGAGCGCCGCGGCAGAGGCACGCAUGGUCGAGCUCGAGCGCGAAAAGCAAGACGAAGCCGACCGCGCGUCACGGCUCGCGGAACGCGUCCACCAGCUCGAGACCGAGGCUCUGGCGCUGAGCACGCAGUACCAGCAGCUGGACGACCAGGGCGCGACGAUCCGCCGGCUCGAGGCCGAGCAGGACAUGCAUGCCGACGAGCUGCGUGCGGCACUGGAGCAUGUGGCGGAGCUGGAACAGGACUUGGGGACGCGCACGCACAAGGUCGCCAGCCUGGAGCGUGACCUCGCCUCGGCGCGCGAGGUGGCCGAUACCGUCGAGGGUGCGCGGGAGGCGUCGGUGCGCCAGCACACCAACCUCAAGAGCCAGUACGACUUGCUCAAGACGCAUUACGAGCAGCUGUCGGCGCUCCUCGAGGCGGACGUCAAGGAGAAGACUAUCAGCGCGGAGAAGACGAGGCAGCUCCUGGAGCAGAGGCGGUGGAGGGCGAGUCAGGAGAUCAAGGUCGAGAGGUUUGUGUGA